AUGAUGCCCCGGCCGCGGUUAGCCCAGGGCCUUCGCAGCCUGAGACUUGUUCCGAGGCUGCCGUCUGGCUGCAUUGCACAGCAGCAGGCACGGUGCAACAGUCGACUCAGCGCCGCGCCGCGCCUGGCCAUUCCGGGCUGCUCUCCACGACUUGCAACUAGCCGCGACUCCAGGCUGUCUCUGCGAUUCCAGCCGCGACUGUUUUCCACGUCAUCCGCACUUUCCCACGGCCAUGUGGAUCCUCCAAAGCCAGGCGAAGAGCUAUACGUUACGUUCAUCGAUAAGGAGGGCCUCGAAUACAAACUUGCCGUGUCCAAGGGUGACAACCUGUUGGAUAUCGCCCAGGCCCAUGAUCUGGAAAUGGAGGGCGCGUGUGGCGGCUCGUGUGCCUGUUCCACAUGCCAUGUCAUUGUGACAGACGAGGAGUUCUUCGACAAGAUACCCGCGGCCGACGACGACGAGAACGACAUGCUCGACCUGGCGUUUGGGCUUACCGAGACGAGCCGCCUGGGCUGCCAGGUCGUCAUGACGCCCGAGCUAGAUGGCCUGCGGGUCAAGCUGCCCUCCAUGACGAGGAACCUGCAAGAAAGCGAUUUCAAGUGA